AUGACAGGCAUGAAGCUGAAACCCUUCAACCCAUAUACCUACGGCGACCUCUUCGCCAAAGCGAUAACUGAUUUGAUUCAGGCUAGCGAUGGUCGGACAACCCAUACCUCCCCAAGCUGCCCAACUGGGAUUCCUCACCCUCCCAAGCACGUGAGUUUUGGGUCAUCGACCACAACGAACAUAGGGUUACCAUCAGUGUUCGAGACGAAUGGCGAAGGUAAGCAGACGCAGCAAGAACGUCCUUCGUCUGAAUGGCUCUUGAAUGAGUUAGGAGCUCACCAGUCUAUAGCAGGUAACUCUACAUCAAGUCAAACGACGAAAGUCGAAAUUCCGAAUUUCGACCCAAAGGCGUAUGGAGACCCCACGGCAGAUACAUCCACUAACAGUCCUUCUACGACCUCGAAUACCGGCCGGCCAAAAUAUCGAGGCAGUCGAGGUGAUACCCGUGAGAGUGGUGCAUCAACAAACGCGGCCUCGUCCAAAGUGAAUUCCCAUGCCAUCAAACCUAGCAAUGGAGACAAGACCUCUCUCCUGGCACAAGGAACACACGAACCAACAGUAACGAUGAACGGCAAGGGAUCCCGAAUCGCCGGAAUCUCUCCCCAAGCGGCCAACGCCGGCCAACAGAAGAACACCAGUGCGGUAAUGAUUGACACCAGUGAACAGAACCGGUUGUCAGAUGUCACGGAGGCCUAUGUCACAAAGGAAACACACCAGAAUGAACCAUCCAAAGAGAAUGGGAAGAGGCCGCCAGCAGUCACGUACGAGACACUCAAGAAGGAUGAUGAGACUCCUCAACAGGUUAUGGUACGUCUCCAAGCGGCCGGUGUUCGUCAAGUGCGUGAUAUCCGCCGCCAAAUGGGCCGAAAAUCCAAACAUGAGCCCACCACAACAGCCUUAAAUACACUUGACGCCCUUCGAAGAGAACCGUCACCCAAUCCGGAUAGAAGUACCAGGCUCGGAUUCACCCUAACUUCCGUCGCACCUCGAACACUGUCCGAGCGGAAUCCAACCCUUCAUCUUACUGAAUCACUUCGAGAUGGAGGUUUGCGAAACGACAACAACAUGAGCGAGCCUGUCCGGGGGAAGCAAUCUGUCAUUCCGAAUCCCAUCCGACCCAAACCAGUUCAGGAUUCAAAUCACGCAAGAAACACCGCUGUAUCAACUCUCGACCAUCAGAAUACCUUCCACACUGAUAAACAGUCCGACAUGAAACGACGCAGCCGUUGGGCCACGGCCAAGGAACUCAAAGUACCGGUUUGCAAGCCAGACAGCAAUGCGGAAGGGUCUGACGCACCGGAAAGUGAUGCCGAUUCUGUCAGACCCAUGGUAUCAGAAUUUGGCAGACUCAUUCGCAGUCGUCAACCUGCUGUUCCCGAAUCUCAACUCUGGGCCUGGGAUGGUGGCUUGCAACCCCCCCCUCUAGACUGGGAGCAUCGUCCUCAGUUCUACAACAACCACCCAGAGUAUAUCAACGGAUUCGAGCGAUGGCUAGGAGCAAAUACAGUACGAACAAUGAGUGGUGUUGCGACAUCCACUCUCCAAUCAACCGAACAGCGAGAUGUUCCCAAUAUCGACUUUGCACCUCUUUCGAGCGAACUGCUGCAAGAUCCCAACAACCACCCUGACGGAAUUGGCUUUACACCUAGAGAAACGGUCCUUAACUCUAGUAACGCCGAACGUUACGGGGUCAACCUCAACAGUGUGAGCUCCAGCAGAAGAGGUAGUAUCGAUACGCCAUUAGACUUCGAGGCCGAAGCGAAGCUUGAUCUCAGUCGGCCUGAAAACAGCUGGUACAAGGACGAAACCGCGCAAAAGUUCGUUGAUAAGCGGAUGCGAGACCUGGAGCGCAACAUAAAAGAAGCUGAAGUCCAACGAGCAAUGCUCCAGCAACAGAUGCAAGCUCCUACCAAUCAUGACACAGUGGUAAACGGACAAUCAAGCGAAGCUCGGGGCGUCAAAUACAACGUCUAUCUCCGCCCCGCGGUCAGAGCAGAUCACGGCGAUAUGGCCAAGAUUUACAACUGGCACAUCAAGAAUGGAGUUCGACCAUCUGAGCUGAACGAGAUCACUGAGGAGGAGAUGCGAGUGCGUCAUGACAUGAGCGAAUCUGCCAGGCUCCCAGUCAUUGUUGCUGUGGUACGCAACCGCAAAAGCUCCCGAGUCAAAGCACCCGCACAACGAGUCCACCCAACACACCCGAUUCAAAACAUUGACCCUAGUUACAAUGGAGUGGUCAAGGACGAGCAGAUCGUCGGCUGGGCUUCCGCUACCGACUGGACAGCCAGUGAUUAUGUCGAGACAACUACGGCGGAACUUGAGCUCUACGUUGCUCCUGAUUUUCGUCAAAAGGGCGUCGGACGAUGUCUACUGGAUGCACUUCUUGAUGCUACCGAUCGCGGAUACAUGAAGAAGGGCGGGUAUGACUUCCACGUUGCACCAGAGCUGAAGCACAUGUAUACUACCGGUGGCGGUAGGGACCUUCAUAAGAUCAUCUUCCAAAUUCGGUCGUUCAACAAACCCAUUACUCCGGAACAGGACUAUCGCUACAAACGCGACACCGCGAUGAGAGCGAACUGGGGUUAUGUCAAUGGUUAUAACAAUACCGACAUACCACCUCCAGCAGAAGAAGUCGAUUUCUCGAAGGAUGCCAAGAUUAAUGAUCGCGAAGAUGACUAUUCAGUCUGGCUGAAGGAGUGGCUUGAGUCAUAUGGUUUCGAGGAAGAAGCGACAUUGAAGAAGCUCGGUACUAAGAAGAGGAGAUAUGUCGAUCUUUAUUUUCUCUCUCGCUAUACGUGCUGGCAACCAGCUGAAAACAAGAUCCCAGAUUUCUCCGGCGGGAUUUAG